CAAUUCCAAAUUCCUUUUGGAUUUGCGUUGCCAAUUUCAAUAGCUGUUCUUUUUUUUUGUUGUCGCAGCUCAGCUGAUAAAAUGCCCAGGGAAAAUGUGUGUAAAUUAAUAACAAUUCGAUGAAUGCGCAUCACAAUAAUUAACCCAGCGUCAGCUUCUUGUAAAAACAGCUGCGUAUUCUAUUCCCGUAACAAUAUCAAAUAACAACAACAACAAACAGAUACAUAUAAACACGAAAUACGUUGCAACCCCCACGGCCAAACUUCCACAACACAACCACCACCACGUCUAUUGACACCACCAAAGAAUAAAAAAAAAUAAAAGAAAAAACAAUCCCAUCUGUAAUAUAAAACCCGCUCGAGAGCAUUUCGCAAUAUGGCAUUGGAUUUUGUGGCCACCUACAAAGUGCUCGUGCUGGGUGACUCCAACGUGGGCAAAACAUGCAUUGUCCACAGAUAUUGCGAUGAGAAAUACUACGACACAUACAUCUCCACCAUCGGCAUUGACUUCAAACAGAAGCUCAUUAACCUAGAUGGUGUGCCGAUAAAGCUGCAAAUCUGGGAUACGGCCGGACAGGAACGUUUUCGCACACUAACCACAGCCUACUAUCGCGGCGCCAUGGGCAUUCUGCUCAUGUACGAUGUGACCAAUCUGGAGAGCUACAAUAACUUGUCCUAUUGGUUGCGCAACAUACAGGAGAAUGCCUCACCCGAUGUAGUCAAGGUGCUGGCUGGCAACAAAUGUGAAUGCUCGACGACACAGCGGAUGGUGGACAAGGAUAGAGGUGAAAAGAUUGCAGAAAACUUUGAGAUGCCAUUUUUCGAGGUCUCUUGCAAAUCCAACAUAAACAUCGAGGAUGCAUUUUUAUCGCUAGCUCGUAAAAUACGCGAACAACGCGAACGACGGGGCGACAAUUUCGACAAUGACGAGAAGCAGGACAAGAAAUCACCGGGUUCCAAUGGUCUGGGCACCUUUAGUCUGGGCAGUCUAUCCGGCGAUAAUCGCUGCACCUGCUAAGUCCUCGACAGCAAUGCGUUCGUGUCGUCGCUGUAACCUGAAUAAGUUGUCCAAAGUUUUGGAAGGCAUUGUACAACUAGCAACAGAAAUUCAUGUAGCCAAGUUUGUGCAUGUUAUUACCAAUAACAAUAAUAAUUAUGAUGUGUAACGAUAAAAAAAAACAAACAAAUAUUUUAAAUGCAUCAAAGCAGAGCAAAGAGAACAGUCAAGCCUAUGUAAAACGUACAGAAUGUGCAUUUUUAAGAUAGUCCAAGAAUAGCAUAAAAAUUUUAGCAUAUUCGUGCAGAUACAUAAAUAAUAAUAGUCGAUUAUAGUCGCGUCAUGAAUUCUACAUUAACUAACUCGUGUACUCGAUAAGCUAAAUAAGUCUAUAUAUU